AUGGCAAAUAAUUGUGGCUCAACAUGUCCUACUGAGAACGGCUUCUUUACAAAUGAUCUCAAUCUUGGAGGCAGUGCCGUCCUCCUCGCUGCCUUUGCCUUCUUGACCCCCGCCACCUUCUACCUGGGAUACCGCUUCCGCACCCCAGGAUUUUCUGCCUUAAUGGCAACCGGAUUAUCUUGCGAAGUCUUUGGCUUUCUUGGAAGAAUUCUUUUGCACGAAGCUCGGGAUCACCAAGGUUACUUUGCUCUUACGCUCUUGGGGAACAUCCUAGGACCAACAUUCAUGUCUGGUGCCAUGUCGAGUGUAUUGCCACAUCUACUUGCCAUUCAUGGGCAGGGACAUGCCAGAUGCCAAUCCAUUCUUACCACAUCCUUCUUGUGUGGUCUCUUCGUCGUGAGCCUUAUACUGGACAUAGUUGGUACUGUGUUUGUUGCCUACGGAUAUGGAGGCGUGAGCCGUGAUAGGAGCGCCGAUAUAGUUGCUGGAGGGCUGGGUGCACAAGCCCUCCUGUUGCUUGCCAUAAUGGGCAUGUAUGUGUCUUUCACUACCGGCUUGUUUCUUAGUGAUGAAGCUCCGGAUCCGACAUAUGCGGAUAUCUAUCAUUCUACACGAUUUUCCCGAUUUCUUCGCUGUAUGGAGGCAGCGUCUGUUCUUCUCUUUGGACAAACCAUAUAUCGGAUUUUCGAGAUGAUUGGUGGUUUGAACGGCACUCUAUUCCAGAACGAACUCGCUUUCAUGAUCAUGAACGGACUGAUCCCAUUCCUCGCCUGCCUCCUCUUAACGACUGCACAUCCAGGCGCCGCUUUUGGGCCAUCAUGGGCUUCGACGUCUCCUCGACACCGAAAGCGCCGUGGCCUUCCUCUACCACCACUACAAACAUCAUUUAGCCAUGCUGUCCAUCAUCGCUACGAUCCCAACAUUCGGCAACAAUUUUCUCCUUCCACUCAAAGGCCGCUUCGAGAGGCUAAACCCCCACCUACGUACGGUUCCUACGGUUUACCAUCAUCUCCGAGACCAGUAAACAGGCCACUGAGCCCGAUUAUCUUGUCGC